UAUUGUGCGGCUCAUCAUCGGCGAUAGAGGCAGCGGCAACGGUAGCGACAGCGGCGGCGACGACGGGUAUCGAGAUGAAAGGCGUCGCCAGUGCAUGGAAUACACAGAAAGCACGGCAGUCGCCGCCAUCACCCCUGUCAUCGCGCAGGCUGAACUCGGGCGCCGCAGCAGCAUUUUUCAACCCUGUCGUUGCUGCCGCCACCUCACAGAGAUGCGCCGCUGUGAAGGGCGCCGUCGCCGUCGAUGCCGCAGCGUCGAGACCGCAGUAUAUUUAUCAGGAUCGUCCUCUUAUCACUGAGACUAGCAAGGAGGAUGCCAUGGAGCCGGAGACUAAGGAGGAAGACGAACGAUGCUCGACAACGCCAAGUCCCGAGUUAUGCUUGAGGAGUAAAUAUUACAAUGAGGAUGAUGGCAGCGAGGAGGAAGCUAAACAGAAUAGCACUUCCCUGCCUAGCCACAGGCUACCGUCUUUGUAUCGUGGAACGUGGCCCAUCAGAAGAGACGUAUGGGCUAAUCAGCAAAUUGGCUUUCCGACUCAGCAGAGCAGAUCACUCCCUGCACAAAAUGAUGUGGCCAGCGUGAUAAGUUUCUCGUCAUCAUUGAACUCUACGGGUCUCGAAGGCAACUCCACGGAGCUGCAAGGUCAUCGUCGACUAGAUGCCAAAGUGGACGUGGUGUACAAUCUUCUCGGUAUGCUCGAAAAGAAUGGUCGAGAUGAUAUGAGCACGACUUUGCUUUCUAUGAGCACUUCCAUAGACAGUUGCCUGGUGAUGAGACAGUCAGGCUGCCUACCGCUAUUAGUGCAACUAAUUCACGCACCUGGACAAAAUCCUGACACUCGAAACAGAGCUAUGCAGGCAUUACGCAACGUGGUGCAUGCCAAAAGUGACGAGAGAGCUGGUCGCCGGGAAGCACGAGUGCUUCGAUUCCUCGAGCAAUUGCGCGACUAUUGUCAGAAUCUGAGAAUGUCUUUGGAACAGGAUCAGCUCACAGAUGACCUCGAGAGAGGACACCCUGCGACGACGAUAGCUGCGCUUAUGAAACUAUCCUUCGAUGAAGCUCAUCGCCACGCAAUGUGCCAGCUGGGCGGUCUUCAUGCCGUCGCGGAACUCAUUGAGAUGGAUCAUUUGAUUCAUGGUAGCGAAAGCGAUGAUCAAAAUUGCAUUACAUUGCGACGAUAUGCAGGAAUGGCAUUAACCAACUUGACUUUCGGCGAUGGCAAUAAUAAGGCACUGCUCUGUUCCUUCAAGGAAUUUAUGAAGGCGUUAGUCUCGCAAUUGAAAAGUUCUAGCGAUGACCUGAGGCAAGUGACAGCGAGCGUUUUAAGAAAUCUAUCCUGGCGUGCCGAUAGUAGCAGCAAACAGACUCUGAGAGAAGUAGGUGCGGUGACAGGCCUGAUGAAAGCCGCCAUGGAAGGCCGCAAGGAAUCCACCCUCAAAUCAAUCUUAUCUGCUCUGUGGAACUUGUCGGCCCACUGCAGCACGAAUAAAGUGGAUAUCUGCGCUGUAGACGGUGCUCUAGCCUUUCUCGUAGAUAUGCUGAGCUACAAGGCGCCGUCCAAGACGCUUGCGAUAGUUGAAAAUGCCGGUGGUAUUUUGAGAAACGUAUCGAGCCACGUGGCGGUACGAGAGGAUCAUCGAACCAUCGUGAGAGAAAGGGGCUGUCUACAAGUUCUCCUGCAACAGUUAAAAUCGCCCAGCUUGACAGUAGUCAGUAAUGCCUGUGGAGCGCUCUGGAAUCUGUCCGCGCGAUGUUCCCAGGAUCAACGUCUCCUUUGGGAUCUGGGCGCUGUACCGAUGUUACGCAGUCUCGUUCACUCCAAGCACAAAAUGAUUUCGAUGGGUUCUAGUGCAGCCUUAAAAAAUUUAUUGAGCGCUAGACCUGGUUGUAACAAUCUCGUCCACUUAGACUCUACCGCUCGAGGACUGGGACUGUCAACCUUGCCAAGCCUGGUCGCUCGCAGGCAGCGGGCUCUAGAGCAGGAAAUCGACCAGAAUCUGGCGGAAACGUGUGACAAUAUCGAGCCGAGCACAUCGCCAACCAACAAAAACGAAAAAUUCACAUUCAAACUUGAUCAUAGCUUUCUUGGCAUCAAUGCUCAUAGAUUGCGCUCUUAUCAGUUGCACAGUCAACCUAGCACAUCUACUGUCAAAUGCAACGGAGUUGCCAGGAGCGAGAGUAGAGAUUCGAUGCGUUCUGUGACGAGCACACAUUCCGACACUAUGUUCGAACGGGUAAAUCGUCAUGUUCUGAAUGGUAUAUCGCCCACCGACUCGCAGGUUAAGCAACAAUCCUCAUCGUUGCAUUCUGCUGUCGGAUUCGGCAACAACGGUGUGUGUGGCGACGUUCAUCCGAGAACCACUUCCUCCGAGAGAAAAUACACCCUGCGUUAUAAAAACGCAAUACCGAAACAACUAAAACCUUUUGACGUUUUCGGUUCGACAUUAAACAAGCUGAGAUGCACGAAUUCUACUAUAUCAUGGGCUGCAGUGCCUAAUCAAGAACCCUCUCAGAUCUCGCUACACUCUUCCAUCGAGAACAACAUAUCUCUGAUCGAUCAAAUGUCGUCCUUGUCCAAAGCUGGUAGUCAAUCUAGCGUGUCCGAGGAAGUCGAAGCGACUGUUCGUAUUAAAUUGGAUUAUCGAACAACCACAAAUGCAGUUGUCGCUAAUUCAAAGCCGACCUCCGACCUGUCUGAUGUUCCUUCUAUGAAAGAAAGCGCGAGAAAAGUCUUAUUGCGCCAACAUGACACGCUAAACAGUGUUCAAAAAGCAAUAUCGUCCGCAACGAUCGUUCAAAGUCCGGACGAUAAUUUAUUCGGUGAUUAUGCUGAAACAGAUUUGGAUCAACCAACCGAUUAUAGUCUGCGAUACGGCGAGCAAACUAUAGACGACGAAAAGCAAUCCGAUUUCUUCUCAGGCAAUGAUGAAGGACUUCAGCACGAGGAUACAAUUAAAACUUACUACACGGAGGGAACGCCGCGCGCAUCCUUGAACUCAUCUAGAGCCACUUCCGCUUCCGAUCUGCAGGAUGAUAAUCGUAUAAGGAGCUUGUCGAAGAAAUUAUCGGAACGAUAUAAGGUAAGGCAUAUAGAAGAUCACAGUGAAUGCAAAGCGCCGUCCUUGACGGACGUACCAAAACUGAACGACUUUGCCAAAUCGGAAAUGGAGUUGAAUUUACGAGACGUGACACAUCUUACGGACGAUGAGAGUGCAAAUCGUUUGUUACCAUAUCUUGAAGAUCAAAGCAAGCAAAAAGGCAAUCGAGAAGAUGCAAUUGUACAAAGUCAUUCAAGUGUAAGAACGACGCCAAUUUCAAUGAUAUUAGAAAAUUCUGAAUAUAAUGAUGAUCAUAAUGGGGAAUCCAGCUCUAGGAUUAAUAAUCUUGACUCCAAACCAAAUAAAGUAAAUAAAGAUUUACCAUUGAGUCAUAUUGAACUCUCAGCUGACAGUACUAGUUUAAAGAUUUCCAAUAAUGAUUCUGGAUAUCAAGUUAGCGACGGAGACGAGGAUGAUGAGGAUUUACUAGCCGCUUGUAUUAACAUUGGAAUGCAAAAUAAUCGGCAUAGACAUUCCUUUAUAGGAAAUAAUCUCGAAAAACUUCCUCGAUUAGAAACUAAUCUGACUCGAUAUCAAACUAGUCUUGCUUUAAACCAAGUCGAGCAUAAAGGAACUGUAAUGUCCGAUAGUUCACCGUUUAAUGUAAAGUACGUAGAGUCUCAUGAAAAUAGAGAAGACAAAAAAGAUAACAAUGAAAAACUAUCUAAAAAGAAUCUUCAAACGGAAACAGUCACAAUAACGACAAACAUGAAUAAUAUGCAUAAUGAGAAAUCAAAUAACACCAUGAAAACAGUAAAUGGUAAUAAUCUCAGCAAUAAUCUCUCAGAAGAAGCAAUAUCUAUAUUACAGACAUCCAAUACAUCUUUAGAUAAAAACGUUUCCAAUGAUUUUGUCAUAACUGAUGAACGUGGCAGAGAUCAAAAUAGCUCCAUUAGAUUAGACGAAGCAAUAAUUGAUGUUCGACUCACAGAUAUAUCAUUUAUGAAGCAAUCAAAAGAUUCUGAAAACAGUGAAUCGAUCGACUCCGUCGAACAGUCUGAACAUGCGCUUUUAAAAUUAUGUAUUCAAUCCGGUAUAAAAUCCGAAGGCAACAUCACAUUGAACCAAAGUAACGCAGAUUAUAUUAAGUCGCAAUUAAAGCUAUACAACAAACAAAUGGACAUUAUAAAAGAAAAAAAUAAUGAUGAAACUGAGAUUGCGGAUAAUAUGGACGGCAAAUCAGAAACAACCUUUGAAAUCAUGAGGACCUUAGAUGUUCUUCAUCGCGACUGCGCAGAGAAACAUACAAAAGAAGAGACAUAUAGACGACAGAGAGAUCCCGAUGCUAUGAUUGCUUCGUUAGAUCGAUUGACGGCAACACUGGUUCAACAAACUGAAGCGAUACGUGAACGAGACUCCAGUACAAUGAAACAGAGUCUAACGUGCGACACAUGGAAUGAGGAUUCGCCCAAUGACAUUUCCUUUCCCAGCAUUAGCAUGAGUGCACCGUUGGUUGCUUCAUUCAACAGCGACGCACAGGAAGAUCAGCGUACUACAAUAUCAGAGAAUAUCGAGCAGAUUAACAUGACAGAGUCAAAAAUCAUCCAACGCGAGGCUAUCAAAUUAGCAGAAGCGGUGGAUGCAGAGAUAAAUAACCAGAACGAGCUCGAAACAACGAGUCCGAUAUCCAUCGACCUCGAGGCGAUCAAACCACCGUCCUCGAUGGGAAGUUUACUUUCACUGACGGCAAGUUACGCUGGCACUGCUGACAAUACUGAGACGUUGAUCAACCGAGAUAGGUGUUAUUCAACGUCGCUGCCACCGGCGCCAGUGAGAAAUUUUAAUGAUUCUCGCAACAUACGGAAGAAGUCCUUGCCAGUUGGCGUGGUAGCCAAGCGAGCAUUGGGUCAAGGUCAGAGCCACAUGACUAGCUUGGAAAAUCUGCUGAACGAAUGCACCAGCUCACAUUUGGAGAAUGUCAAACCACCAUCCAUGAUGGACGAACUACCGGAUGUAGGUGAUAUGGAGAAUAGCAUGUUAAGCGUGGCUAGCAUUACAUCGGAGAUCGCGGAUUCGAAAGAACAAGUCUUACAUAAUUUGACUGGCAGCGAUCCAGCAGUGUUCGAAAUGCUGAAACCAGUUGCCAACGUGCUGUCCAUGACAUGCAUGCGUUAUGUCGAGGGUAUGCAAAACAGUACGAGUAACAGUCUGAGUGAAUAUUUGGAGAAUAUCAAUCCACCGUCCUUGUUCAAUGAGGUGACUGAAAUGGACGAAUCCACGAUGGAAGCAACUACUGACAUUAUGUGCAGCGACACUUUGUGCCUAGAUAUGGAGUUGCACACUGAUGAAGUAGUGCACUCGAUCGUAGCGGAGGUGAUUGAUGAAGCAGAGAACGGUACUGACGAGGCAGUCACGCCAAUCUCGUCAGAAUAUUGCGUUAGCAGCUCGGCUGAAUCGACGCCGAAGAAGCGAUUGCAUUCGAUAAGCUAUUUAACCCCGAAACAAAAACGAAACUUAGCGAAAGAGAGAUACAAGACAUAUACCAUUGCCGCAGAAAUCAUCAAGAAAGAAGAGGAAGAACGACGAAAACAAGACGAUAUUGUCAACGAUGCAGAUAAUAGAAUUCUAAGUAGAAAAUGUUCUCCUUUCUCGAAACUAACGCCAAAACAACGCAGGGCAGAGAAUAGAGCGAGAUUCCAGACACAAGUACUAGGGAAUCCUUUUCCGGAUCUGAACGUCCAAACUAAGACCAUUGAAGACGCUGUUGAGAAACAGGAAGUUAUAUCCCCCGUCAAGUCUUCAAUUCCUAUGCUCACGAAGUUGCCCGUGUGUAAAGCAAUGAGAAGGAAACACGGGAAUUCGCAAGAAAACAAGGAGAGAUAUCGUACAAGGACGUUGAACGAUUCAGAAACUGUGUUCAAAGAGAUGGAAUGCAAUUCCGAAAAUCAAGCUUCGAUUGUCGGCAUAAUAGAAAAGGGGCAAGCAAGUGCGCAAGAAUACGUGCGGGAGGAAAUUCAAAGCAUGCUAGAACAGAAUACCACUAUCGUGCUAAACACUCUAAAUGAGUCAAAUAAAACUAAUGAUACAACCGCCAAUAUUUUGCGUUGCGAGACUACUUUGGAGUUGAAUGAUUCCGAGUCAAAUCAUAAUCUAAAAAUUCGUUUCGUAAACGGACUUCCAAAAAAAUUGAUAAGUACACAAUACGAUAACGCUCAAACUCCCAUGGCGAAUAUUGAUAAUGAGGAAUUGCAAGACGAGCAUAUAGAAGUCGCUUACGAGAAUCUGGGCUUGACAAACCCAGCUGAUUCAGGCAGUGAUGGGGAGUCCAAUUGCGUUGAUAAAGGACAAGAACUUAGAGAAACAAAAAGAGCACGAAUAAUCAAGCCGCCAACGCUAGAUAGAGAUCCGAGUAUGGAUUCCACUGGGACGGAUAAAUCCGAGCCAGAAAGUCCAAAAGCUAUUCGAGGACGAAGAAAGGCACUAUAUUCCAACCCAAUAACGCGAAAGCCGACCCCACAAUCCUCACCAUUGAAGCAAGUGAACCCUGUCAGCGGGAUACCAAUAGGUCGCAGCAAUACUUCACCCAUUGUUAGAGCUACUAGAACUAUUACUUUGCGAAAGAAUAAUAAUAGUACAAUGGUUGCUAUGAAGGACUCUCCGAAAUCUAAUACGAGCCCGAAGAGGACUUCGUUUUCCGUGGACAUAGAGAAGAAGACACGAAAUUUGGCGACUGUUUCCAAAAGGGCCUCUAUACCUCAAAGGGGAUCCAUGUUAAUUUCCACAAAACCCACUAAGCGUCAUAGUACACUUCCGGCUUGCUCAUCGAACUAUCAAAAUAACAGCAAACCGUCAGAAAUCCCAAUUAAACUAUUGGAACGUCAAGGAACUUUUACAAAGGACGAGCCAGAGGUAGAUAAUGCACCGACAGUGCAUUCCGCGUCGUCUUCCCCAAUAAAGACGAAGAUCGCCAAACCAAUUAGAGAUGUUUCAUCAAGGAUAUAUUCGGCAGCGGGUAAAUCCAAAAUCUCCGUGAAAACGCAACAAGAGUAUCAGCCAAAAAUUAUGGUUAACAAUUCCGAAAAGAUGCAAUCAUCUAAAGGAUUGUUAAUGAAUGACAAAACUGUUCGAAAGAUUAAUUCACUGGGACAACGAUCUAAUAGUAAUUCCAGCAUAAUUUCUAAUUCACCUAUGAGCGUACAAAAUCGUAAGUUGGCGAAGGAGGCAACGAGUAAGAUUGCGAAUCUUUGGAAGAAAGUUGAGGAGAACAAGAAUAAGCAGCGUUUCGAGAAACUAGACACUAGGCAAUGGAUAAGGCCCACUAAUAGCGCCACCGAGGUAAACGUCGCAACCGCUGGCACGUUCAAUAACCUGCCAGCAUACAGACUAUUCCGCAGUUCCACGUUCGAAGGAAUUUCCCAGGAGGACGGCAAUAACGGCGAAAUAUCCUGCAAAUCCAAAUCCAACCGACAACCGGUUUUAGGCACGCAGAUUGAAUGUGACGGUCUCAAGUACAGGAACUCUUGCGAUUUCACAAAUAUGAAUGCCUAUGAAGCGCCCUGCAAGAUACCAGUGAAAUCUUCUGUACAAGAAACGUACAAGCGAGAGAUCACACAGUUGAGUGAUAUUCUAGUGACUAUGAAGAAGCAACCGAGCGCUGACCUCGCAGCAGAAACGGAUCUCACCAAAAGAAUAUCCAGACUUGGUUCUUUUAUUCGAGUGGACCCAAUGACAACAGCGGAGGACAGCAGUAGCGGUGUGCGAAUGCCAGCUUCAGCAAUCGUAUCGCCUUUCAACUACAAUCCAAACUCAGACAUUCCAUCGCAAGCGGCCAAAACUAAAUCGAAUGAGGAGCAGGGUAAAUUAGAAACGAUAGAUUGCUACACAGAAAUAACCACAGGAUCCACUCGGGUAACGACAGUAUAGAGAGACGUACCCCGUAUACAAAACAUAAAUAAGUUCUGUAAUAAUUGCCACUUUUUCGUUCCUGACUAGUCAUUGUGUAUAUUCGCUUAAUAUUAAUAAGUUUCCUCGCACACAUUUGUCAUAUGUGAUAUGCAUUACAAGUAGAUAAUUUUAAUCUUUUUCUUCUUUGUCUCGUUAUAUAUGGCAUGUACAAGUUCUUUUACUUUUUUUAUCCAGAAUAUAAAAUAGUUAUAAUAUCCAUAAUCUUGUACGCGAUGCCAACUUCUUCAAUAACGACAGAAUUAUGUGAAAUAUCAAUAGGAAGUUUCAAGAUCAUUUUUGUCCAUUUUAUCUGCUGUAUAUAUACAUGAUGAUAUAGAAUAAUUUCGAGUUUGAAAUAAGAAAGAGAAUCAGUCAAAAAUCUACGUUUACACAGCUCGAUUUAAGGCCUUUUCAUGCUGACGCUCGACGCUCAUUUUCAGCGUCAAAGUGGGUCACGUGAUCGAAGUUGCCUCUGAAUAGCGAAAAGUGCAUGAAAAGGGUUAUAGUGUUAUAUUUUAAGGCCCGUAUUCAGAACGCGCUUACAAUGAUAUUAGCGCGCUAACAUACUAUAC